AUGGCGUAUCCCCUUCAAAUAGGCCUCCAAGAUGCAACCUCUCCUAUCAUGGAAGAACUACUACACUUCCACGACCACACACUAAUAAUCGUAUUCUUAAUCAGCUCGCUAGUGCUCUACAUUAUUUCAACUAUACUAACCACAAAAUUAACUCACACGAACACUAUAGACGCACAAGAAGUAGAAACCGUAUGAACCAUUCUACCAGCCAUCAUUUUAAUUAUAAUCGCUUUACCAUCACUACGAAUCCUAUAUAUAAUAGAUGAAAUCAACAGUCCUUUUCUAACCGUGAAGACUAUGGGACAUCAGUGGUACUGAAGUUACGAAUACACCGACUAUGAAGACUUAAGUUUCGACUCCUAUAUAGUACCAACACAAGAAUUAAAGCCUGGAGAACUACGACUGCUAGAAGUAGACAAUCGAAUAGUACUACCAAUAGAAAUAACAGUUCGUAUACUAAUCUCAUCAGAAGAUGUCCUCCACUCAUGAACUGUCCCGUCUUUAGGAUUAAAGACCGAUGCUAUCCCAGGACGAUUAAACCAGACUACCUUAAUAGCUAUGCGACCAGGACUAUAUUACGGUCAAUGCUCAGAAAUUUGUGGCUCAAACCAUAGCUUCAUGCCCAUCGUCCUUGAAUCAGUCCCAUUGUCUUACUUUGAGAAAUGAUCAGCCUCAAUUCUUCAAU